AUGCCGUCGACUUUCGACCGCGCGAACGCGAACGAGGACGACUGCAAGCGUCUUCUCGACGACGACGCGUCGAUGCACGCGGAUACGACGACACGCGACGCCGCGAGAGAAACCGGCACGAGCGCGAGAUCUGCCGAAUCUUUCGACGUCGAGCGCUCCUCAGGCGAUGCGAAACCGCGCGCGCGUUUCUCUACUUUGCGCCUGAUCGGGUUGAACAUGUUCUUCCUCGCGUACGGUGCUUGGAUUAGCUCUUUCGCGGUGGUGACGCUGCCCUACGAGAGCACGGCGUUUUUCCCAGAGACAGACGCCGUCGCACUCGGCGGGUUCAUGGUCAUCGCGGGGGCGUCUCAGAUGAGCGGACCGUUGGCGGGGUAUCUGAGUGAUCGUAUGCGGCACGCGCACGGGCGACGACGGCCGUUGAUCGUGAAGAGCGCGUCCGUCGUCGGGCCGUGUCUGGUGGCGCUGCUAGCGGCGCGGACGUAUCGGGACGAUUUAGGCGACGUUGGCGGGACGUUAGCGCCGGUGAUGUAUUACGUCGCGUUCGCGAUCACUAUGAUUGGGUUGAAUGUGAUGUACACCGCGGCGACGGGGUUGGUGCCGGAUCUGGUGCCGGACGAACAGAUGGGCGAGGCGAACGGGGUGUUGGCCGCGUGCAGCGCUGCGGGCGCGUGCCUGAGUUUCAUGUGGACAAUGCUCUGGCCGGACGUUGGGAACUUGUACUUUUUUUACAUUGGUUUGCUCGUGACUUGCGUGCCGAUCACGUGUUACUGCGCGGUUGAGGAGUCCACGCUAGGCACUGGCGAGGAAUUGGAGAGUGACGCAUAUGGAGAGGCCGCGUCGGUGUCCUGGAGAGAGCUAGCGUCGAUGUACACGAUCUCGCCGAACAAGCCCGAGCAGAGGAGCUUUUUCUGGCUGUUCGUCUGCCGGACCUUAUACUACACCGGCAUUUCUGCGCAGGUGUUUCUGCAAUAUUUGCUUCGGGACACCGCGAUCAAAGAUACCGGCGAGCGACUCUCUGGGCACGAGCCACAGCAGGUGGUGGCGAAGAUUUCAUUCAUAGGACAGAUUGGCGGUAUGCUCUUCGCGUAUCCUGCUGGGUUACUCAGCGACGUCGUCGGUCGCAAGCCCUUGAUCGUAUUGGCGUGCAUCGGAAUCAUUUCAGUGUACAUCUCGUUUAUCUACGUUCACAAGCUCUCGACGAUUCUGUACUUAUCCGCUUACUACGGAGCCGUGAACGGGAUGUUUCUAUCAGUCGACUAUGCUUUGGCGAUCGACUGCCUCCCGAGUCGAGAGAACGCCGCGCGUUGGCUCGCGAUUUGGGGCGUCGCCAGCUUCAUAGGUACCUCCAUUGGCCCGACUGUCUACUCUCUCAUUCUUCACUUCUCCCCAGACGCCGACAAAUCGAGCGAUUACGGCUCCUCCCAGGACGGCUACACCAAGAUGCUUCUCGUGGGAUCGGGGUGGAUGAUCAUGUGCGUCGCGUUCCUAUACAAGGUGGAUCAGAACUGGCGCGCCACGCUCAGGUAG